AACGUCGAUCAGUCAAACCGACCGUCUCCACACAAAAUCCGCGCAUCUCACCAAGAAAUAGCUAACACAUUCUCCGCCUUUAUUUCUUCGGCUUCAGCACGACCUAUCGGUCCUUCUUACCGGACAAACCGCCAACGUCGUACCCACCUGGGCCGGGAUGGCUUCUCCCCCACUUGACCGCGACGAUCUUGAGUGGGAGAAAGAUUGGAAUUCGCGGUCAGCAACAUCAUCAUCCUUCCGACUGCCGCGCCGAACGAGGAGAGCUACGUAUCUCUGCUGGGCCGUAGUGCUCGCUACCGUCUACUUCCUCGUCCAUUCAGCCACACGAUGGACUGUUCCCGAUGCCGGCAGCUUUUUCAAAGCCCCCGAACCGUUUAUCCCGCUUCGAUUUCCGAACCUCUACUCGACGCUCCAGCGGGUUGUCGGCAAUGGCGCCUCAAGGAAAUGGAAUCGUAACGUCGUGUUUGUGACCGGAAACUUGACGGCGGCGAGUAAGAUGGCGGGAAUUGCUUGCGACAUGGCGGAAUACAGGCGCAGCAACGUGCACCUAGCCUUGAUGGGGUUUGAUACUUUCGAUCUGAAUGAUUUUCGGAGAAUCAAUGGAUUGCCGGCGGUGGAGGAGGAUGAGUACGACGAGACAAAGGGCUGUAGGGUCUUCCUCCACGAUGCGCGCCCUGAUAAUGCGGAACUGUUAUCGGCGGAGAGGAGGGUAGUCGCGACCAAGAGCGCGCUGCGGCACAUCAACGAGUUUAUAUACCCGCAGGCUUUCCUCGUGGAUACACUAAAUGAGGAAGAGUGGUUUUUAGAGAUUGUCAGGGAAAAGUCAGUGCAGAUGAAGAGGACAUUGAUUGAGCUGGGCGCGAACUCUGUGGAUGACCUGAAGUGGCUCACGAGGUUGGACAGCGGGUCACUAAAUGCAUGGCACACGCCUACCUUCGAGAUCGUGAUACACGCCGAUACACACACGGGCAAUCUCGAGCGACUCCUCAAAUCCAUCCAGAAUGCUUACUACCCCUCGAAAGAGCACCAUCCAAAGCGUAUAACCAUCGUCCUGGACCCUUUCGUGCCCAUCCACCCCUUCCUGAAGGAUUUUCUACGGAGCUACAGCUUCCCAGAACAGUCCCGGAUCAGCAUCAAGCGGCCACUACUCCCUAAAGAUGACCCGCAAGCGGCUGCCCGCAAUUAUGUCGAGUCCUUCUACACUCUGAGUGAAGACCACUCGGUUCUGUUCCUCGACCCCAAUACCGAACUGUCAAAAUGGUACUGCCACUACCUUCUCUAUACCACCCUCGAAUACCGCUACUCCUUCUACCAAUCCACCGACGCGAGCACGCUGUACGGCAUCUCCCUCGAAUCCCCACCCACGGAUCUCACCGGCGCUUCCUCCCCCGCCCUCCCGCACACCAACGCACCCUUCCUCUAUCCCCUCCCCACCUCCCGCGCAGCGCUUUUCUUCCCGCAGCACUGGACCGAAUUCCACUCCUACCUGUCACACAUCCUCAACCCCCCGUCGAACCCGGGUAAACGCAACCUCACCGCGCCCGCGCCGGCCACAUUCGCGCUCCCCGCCGCGCUCACGAGCAGCUGGCACUCGACCUUCACCUCCCUCGCGCGCGCCCGCGGCUACACCAUGCUCUACCCCAGCUUCAAGGAGACGCUCGCACGCGUGCACAGCGAAAUCCCGUCGCACGCCGGCCGCAGCAAGCCCGAGGCGCGGCUACUGGAGAAGUCGUUUCUCGAGCUCCUGCCGCAGGCGGAUCUGCCGCAGUGGACGAAGAUCGAAAUGCGCGAUGUCUGUGGCAAGCCUACGGAUAGUGACGCGGUCAUUGAUGCCGCGGUUGCGUACAGGAAUAGUAUUACGACUUGCCAUCUCCCCACUACCCCGUAUAGGGCGUUUGAGGUGGAUGAUCUGUUUUGUGAUGCUGAUGGGAAGGUGGUUCUGUAACCUUUGCGCGGAGGAGGAUACCAUUCGCUCGUACUUUUGUUGUGAGAGAGGUCCCGGGGGAGGGGGCUCAUUCAAUGUGGGAGGGAUUGUUUUGGCGUUUGGGGGUUUCAUUCUUUGCUGCUUUUAUUAUUCUUAUCAGGAACUGGGCUAUAUCUUUUACUGUUUUGAGCGUCCUCCAUGAGUCCACUCUUCGUUCUGUAUAUUUUUUACCCAUUGCUUCGCCUGGGUCUUUGGUUGCUGGUUUGUAAAUUGUGGCUGCUUCGCGCCACAGAUCACUCCGCUUCGUUUACACUCGGCUCUCGCCUCGUCUACUAUAUCGCGGCGGCUCGCUCCCUCGAGGCCGUCCGUCCUCGACUUCGCUGCGCCCAGUGGGUCCUCCGAAACCCCUGAGUCAAUGGAAA